GAAUUUGAGCUCGGUCAGAAUUCUCGAGUUCGAGCUCGGUCAAAAUGCUCAAGUUCGAACUCGUACAUGAAUCACACUCUGACGAGCCGAGUUCGAACACAAAGUGAAGGCUAGUGUCAAGCUCGAGGCAGGCAAAAGAAAAUUGGAACCGAGAACAAGAGUCCUCUCUAUCUCUCGAAUACACUUAUAAAGUCACAGAUCGAGCACAGAGCCCACAGCAAAGGCCAAAAGCUUUCCAGUCAUCGUAUCAAAUUAUCAAUGGCGGAGAAGAGCUUCAAGCACGUGAUCGUCGGUGGCGGUGCCUCAGCUGGACAUGGAGCUAGGGAAUACUUUGCCAAACAUGUCCUUAAAUCACGCGAGCCGGCGAUCAUUUCCAAGGAGGCGGUGGCUCCUUAUGAACGUCCAGCACUACGGAAAGCUUGCCUUUUCCCUAAGUCUCGGGGUUUGUUCGUCCUGUUUUUCUCGUCUCGGUUUUCUUGUCUACGUUCCCCCUUACAGGGCUUCGAUUACUCCAAUAUCCGAAGCUCACGUUUCCAGAAUCUUGAAACUCCAAAAGCACGGCUCACCACGCAUGUCUUCCACUCCAAUAGCUCAAGACAUAGAAACCAAUUCUGGUCCCUGCUUCCUGCGGCCCUUGCAGUCUCAGCUGGGGCACUUGCUGUUCCACUUGCCCUUCAACACCAACCAGGCCCUUCACUCUACGAUGUUGGUGAAACUAGUGCUAGUAAUGGUGUGGGAAAAGGAUCGCACCAGGACCCUCGAAAACGACAAAAAGACAUUAUUCGUCAUCAAGCGGAGGCUAUACGUCUUCAACUUGCUUCAAUUAUAAAGGAUGUGGAAGAGGAUUCUUUAGAAAUUAGUCUUGAUUCUAUUGUUGAAGCAAUUGUUGAGCUGGUUCAAAAUACUGCUGCUACUCCUACUAAUGAGGAUCCAAAUGAAGGAGGCGCGCAAAAGAAUGCAUAUGAAAGAAAGUUGAAGAGGAAGGGCUCAAAAGUGUGGGAUGAUUUUUCAAAAGUUGAGGUAGGAGGUGUAAAAAUGAAUCAAUGCAAACGGUGUAAUAAGAAUUUCACCCAAUCAAAAUCAGGCUCUACAACUUCCUUGAGUAGACACUUGGAGAUAUGUUUGGAGCACAAAAACUCAAAAAAGAUACAGAAGAUUUUGUCGGUUGAUGGUACCGAGUCUGGUGGUGUAAGCACCACAUUAAAUUUUCAAUUUGAUGAAAGUAAGGUGAGAGAACUUUUUUCUCACAUGAUCCUCCUCUGCCAUGAGUAUCCUUUUAGAAUUGCGGAGCAUGUCGUGUUUAAUAAAUUUAUGAAGGCUUGCACACCGCAUUGGCGAGAAAUUUCUCAAGCUACUACUGAAAGUCUUUGCUUUGCCACCUACGAAUCAGAAAAGACGAAAUUGAAAGCUUCAAUAAAUAAGGUUCCCAAAGUUCACAUCACAACUGACAUGUGGACUUCUUGUCAAAAAUAUUUGUAUAUGGUUGUGACAUGUCAUUUCAUAGAUUCUAAAUGGCAUUUAAAUAGCCGUGUGUUAAACAUCUGCAAUAUUCCAACUCCACAAUCCGGAGAUCUUAUUGCUGACGCCCUUCUUAAAUGUUUUAGAGACUGGGGUAUUGAGAAAAAAAUUUAUUCAAUCUCCGUAGACAAUGCAGAGUCAAAUGAUGUAGCAUUGAACCACUUUAGAGUUGAUGGGGGGCUGCUGUUUCACGUGCGCUGCUGUGCGCAUAUAAUUAAUUUGAUGGUUCAUGAUGGUCUUGGUGAGAUUGGAGAGAUUGUUGAUUGUGUGAGGGACGGUAUCAAAUACUUGGUAGCAUCGGAGGGAAGUUUAAUGCAAUUUAGUGGAAUUGCAAAGAGCUUGCAAUUGUCUUCCAAGAAGCUGUUUUUGGAUGUACCUACUCGUUGGAAUAGCACGCAUUUGAUGUUAACAACUGCUUGCGAGUUUAGGGAGGUGUUUUCUAGGUAUAGAUGCAUAGAUCAACAAUUUACUUGGGUGUUAUCGGAUGAGGAUUGGGCUAAAGUUGAAUCUGUGUGUGAACUUUUGAAGGUUUUCAACGGAGUAAUCAAGAUUAUAUCUGAGAGUGACUAUCCAACAUCAAAUUUAUUCCUUCCUGAAAUUUGUAAUCUGAAAUUCGUCCUAACCCAGAAAUGUGAUGAUCAAAAUGACUACAUCAGAUCCAUGACACGAAGAGUGAUAGCCAAGUUUGAUAAAUACUUUAGUGAGAACUGUUUGAUCAUGGCAAUUGCAGCAAUUUUGGACCCAAGGUUUAAGAUGACGUUGAUAGAAUUUUACUUUUUAAAGAUCUAUGAAGAGGCUGAAGCUCAAGAGAAUAUUGAAUAUGUCCAAAAAAUUUUGAAUUGGAUAUAUGAUUUGUAUGUUAUUAAACAUAAUUCAAAUCUUGUGCAACCGAAUCUUGCAAGCAAUGCUCAAGAAUGCUCUUCAAGUAAUUGUCCAAUCAGUGCAGUUGAUCAGAGUGGUCUGCAACGUUACCAAUCAUUCCUCAAAAGUGAUAAUACGGUGUAUCAACCUGUUAAAUCAGAAUUAGAUACAUAUCUUGAGGAGAGUAUAUGUACAGAUAUGAGUUUGGAAUUUAAUGCCUUGGACUGGUGGAAAAUAAAUACCUAUAGGUAUCGUAUUUUGUCUGAAGUUGCAAGAGAUAUUUUGUCAAUACCAAUUAGUACUGUAACUUUGGAGUCUACUUUUAGUGCUGGAGGAAGAGUUAUAGAUCCUCACAUAGCUUCAUUAUCAACUGAGACAGUUCAGAAGUUAUUAUGUGGGGUAGAUUGGGUUGGAUCAAUGUAUGGGCUUAAAAAGAAGUUCGCAGAGGAUCAUAAUAAGGUGGUGGUAACUUUGCUAGAACCAGAAGCAAAUUAAUUGAUAGUGUUUUUAUUUAUUUUUUUAAGUGUUGUAAUGUUACUAUAUAUUUUGGUCUGGAGACUAUGUUGGACAAUGUUAUUUUGUUGAAGAUCUUGUACAAUAUUAUUUUGUUGGAGGCAUGAAGACUCAAGGUAAUUUAUGAUUUCCUAUUUAAUGAUUUAGGCACAUUAAAUUGUGUAUUAUUAAACCUCCCUUGACAUUUUUACCAAGUAUAUAGCACUUGUGUAAGUAAUGCAAGGGAGUUUAAAUUAACUCAGUUUUUUUUCUUUUCUUUUCUUUUUUGUGUGUGUUACAGGUGAUAGGACCGUGGAUUUGUCUUAUAGGAGUACACAUAAUUGCUUCAUAUAUAUAUAAUUAUAUAUAUAUGAAUUUCUUCAAUUUUUCCUAUUAAACUAAAUGGAUCGAUUGAUAAUGAAGACAAAUUCUCGUUACGGUUACGUGAUUUUUCUCCUCCUUGGAACUCUGCGUGAAAGCGAUGAGGCCGACACACCCCCACCCCCACCGUCUGGUUGGCCGACAACGGCGACCGCCUCGGCUCC